AUGGCCAACUCCGAGCCCGUCCAUUUCUUCGACAUUACCUCCACUCUCCCAGGAGCAUCAAAAUCAUGGUCUCCAAACACCCUUAAAGUCCGAGCAGUGCUCAACUUCAAGGGCAUCCCUUAUACCCAGAGCUGGAUCUCCUACCCAGACAUUAAGCCCCUAAUCACCGGCCUCGACCUACCCCCAAAUAAAGAGGGGAUCCCAUACACCCUCCCCGCCAUUAUCCACAGUUCAGUCACCAACCCCAACGGCGCAUUGAUGGACUCUCUUCCCAUCGUUGAACAUCUCGACAAAGUAUUUCCCUCGCGGCCAUUGUUUCCCUCCGGCGACGCGAGCUACGCGUUGUUUAUUGCCGUGAGAAAGAUCGCGAGUUUAAUGGGGCCUGUUAUUUCUGCGAGAAUUAUCCCGCGCGUUCCAGAUGGCCUGGACCCAAGAGGACAAGAGUGUUUUAUCCGCACGCGCACAGAGUGGUACGGGAAGCCUUUAGCGGAGGUGCUGCCUACCGACCAGGAGAAGAUUAAUGAAUUGUGGACGCUUGUGGAGAAGCAGUCUCGUGCGCUAAUAGAGAUGUUGCAUGGUCGGGAAGGCAAAAAGGGCCCUUUCUUUGAGGGGGAGACUCCUGGAUUCGCGGAUCUGUUUUUGGCGUGUCAGGUCGCUUUUAUGGAGCGAUUUGAUAAAGAACUUUUUAACAAGCUCGUCGACCUGGGCAAUGGGGAGAUUAGAGCCUUGUAUGAGGCUUGUUUGCCUUGGUUGGAAGGGCAGGGAGAGGAGAAGGAGUGGCCUAUUGCUCUGUAA